GUCAGUUAGUAUUUUUAAUAAAGAUAAAAAAGAAAAAACCGUUCGAAAUUUGCAUGAAGAUAAUGCUCGAUUUUUAUGGUUACCAUUGUUAGUUGAUAUUCUUGUACAAAUACCACAUAAUAAUCAAUCAAGUAAAAAAAGCUAUUGAAAAACUUCGUCAAAAUUACAAGUCGAAUGAAGUUCUUCGUUACUAUACAGCUGCUUCAUUUUUAUUUCGUUUAUUUAAUGAAGCAUUUCGCAUCGAAAAUAUUGAUUUUCUCUUAGUGUUUCGUUUUUUUCUUAGCCAAUCUGUAUAAUAACUUAUGUGAUUUAUAUGCUAAACAAUUUUUAAAUGAUACCAACAAUAUUAAUCAUAGUUUAGAAGUAUUUUGUGAUCAGUUUAUGACUAUGAAUGAAUUUAGCAUUAUCAAAAAAUAUAUCGGACGUUUGAUAUCGAUUAAUUCAUUUUUUCAACAACAGCAUACUAUCCGGUUGCACGAAUAUUUGCUGGCUUUAGCGAGCAAAAUAAACCACCAGAUAGAAUAUCUGUUUUAUUUCAAAUUGAAAUUGAUGACGUUAGUCAUUCAUUAAAAAGACCAUUUGCUUCUAUACGAGAGUUUUCUAAAAAUUAAAGAUGAAGAUGAGAUACUCUUUUCUGUUGGCACAAUAUUUCAUGUUGUAAACGUUAUUAAUGAACCCGGAAGUAAUCAAGAUUGGUACGUAAAAUUGAAAUUAGUCAAUGAUAAUGGAAUAACUGAAUUUCAAAAAGAAUUAGAACAAAAAUUUUGCACUAAUUGCGAUUUAUGUAGUCUCGGAUCUGUUUUAAUUAAAAUCGGUGAUUAUGAUAAAGCAGAACGAUAUUUUCAUAUUAUUCUUGAACAUGCUACAAGAAAUCAAGAAAUUAUUCCUAGAGUAUUUACAUAUCUUGGAAUUAUUUAUAAUAAUAAAGGUAGUUAUCAACAAGCGUGA